AUGAUCCCUCAAACCACAAACCACGCUUUGUUCGCUAGAGACAGAUACACUUCAAUGCAUUCGUUUGCGUAUAGAGCACUUCGCAACAUAAACGGCGUCCACCCGACCCAUUUCUCCCGGCGUUCGACUUGCAAGGCUGCUACGCAUGCUGUAAAAGAACGAGGUUUAGAAGCAAGCCUAUCGUGGGUGGACGCAGCCCAUAGAAAAGAUGUAGCCCGAGUUCUGGAGCUAGCCGACCGUGCUGCGGAUAGAUGGGAUAUUUUGUGGACAGGCUUCCUCCCACCCCCGGUAGUAGCGGACUCCAUGGCAGCGUUAGCCGACCGCACGGACGUCAUAUGUGUGCCUUGGGGCGGCUAUGCCCAGGCCGAGCGUUGCAGGCUGGCGCUGGGCCGAGAGGAGCUCAUGGAGCCCCUCAAGGCCGACCCGCAGCAGCUGGGCGGGGUGGCAGCGCUGCAGAUCAAGGGUAACUUCAUGUUCGAUCCGGCCAAGCACCCGGACUUCCUGGGGGCGCUGCUGGGCACGGGCAUUGUCCGCGAGCGGGUGGGUGACGUGCUGGUGCAGGGCGAGGUGGGCGCGCAGGCGCUGGUGGACCCCGAGCUGCUGGAGCACCUGGAAGGGGCGCUGGGGCAGGUCCGCACGGUUCCCGUGGAGGCUCGCCGCAUACCGCUGUCGGAGCUCAGUGUGCGGCCCCCGCGGCAGGAGGAGCUGAGCAGCGUGGAGGCGUCGCUGCGGCUGGAUGCGGUGGCGAGUGCGGGUUUCCGCAUGUCUCGUUCCAAGAUGGGCGAGCUGAUCAAGGGGGGCGAUGUACGGCUGAACUGGCGUACGGCAGGAAAGCCCUCCCUGGAGGUGAAGCCGGGGGACGUGAUCAGCUGCGCGGGCAAGGGGCGGGUGGAGGUGCGGGCGGUGGACAUGACCAAGAAGGAGAAGUACCUGGUGACCCUCAUGCGGUACGUGUGAGUGCGGUAUGUGUAGGUAGCAACGGUCAUUCCCUCAUUCAGGUAGUGGAGGGGAGGAGGAGGAGAGUGGUGAAAGGCGAGGAUUGAUAUGUGUGAUUAAGCACCGUAGUGUGAUAGGUCUGAACACCGCUUGCAGGUUUGGUGGGCACAUGAGAGGGAACAAUACUUGUUGUGCAUGGACGGCGGCGGCAGUAGGCCGUUGUGUGGUUGGCUGCGCUGCCAUAGCGGCGAAGUCGAGUGGAGUUGUGUGAGCAUGAGUUGUUACGUCAGUGUAAGGUGUACAGUGGCUUGACGAGCGUGGCUUUGGAGGCGGCUAUGUCGCGUGAGCAUGGGUUUACAGCUUCAUAGCGGGCGCCACAGAGAGAGUGUGUACAGUGUACUCUAUGACUUCUGUGCGAUAGUCAAGAAAGAGGCCCAAUGAGGCCAAGUGCUAACAGCAAUGCAACAUGCCAGUUAUCAUGUUACUGGCUUACGGUGCCAUGCUUAUGUUGUUUGGGGGCGGGCUUACCAGGCAUUGCAGCUGCGGUAAUGCAGCUGACAACGCUUGGCAGCAGACGGUCAAUGGAAACUAUGUCAAUGGAAACUUGUUGGAUUCGA